UCAUAUGACAAGCGGGCAGUUCCUCCCAAACAUCCUGCUGCUGUUGCUGCUCACAGCCCGAGUGCGUUCACACAAACAAAGCCAAAGUGGGGGAAUUUAUCACUCGGAGAAAUGUUGGCGCUGAUUAACCGUUUCCUAGACUGGGUUAAGUCCCUGUUCUGGAAGGAAGAGAUGGAGUUAACGCUUGUUGGGCUUCAGUACUCAGGCAAAACCACGUUUGUCAAUGUGAUAGCUUCUGGACAGUUCAGUGAAGACAUGAUUCCAACAGUUGGAUUCAACAUGCGGAAGGUCACGAAAGGAAACGUCACGAUUAAGAUCUGGGAUAUAGGGGGACAACCCAGGUUUAGGAGCAUGUGGGAACGGUACUGUCGAGGAGUGAAUGCCAUAGUGUACAUGGUGGAUGCAGCAGAUCGAGACAAAGUAGAAGCGUCCAGGAACGAGCUGCAUAAUCUGUUAGAGAAACCACAGUUACAAGGAAUCCCUGUAUUGGUACUUGGUAACAAGAGGGAUCUACCUAAUGCGUUGGAUGAGAAACAGCUUAUUGAAAAAAUGAACUUGGCUGCUAUUCAAGACCGGGAGAUCUGCUGCUACUCCAUUUCGUGCAAAGAGAAAGACAACAUUGACAUCACACUGCAGUGGCUCAUCCAGCAUUCGAAAACACGGAGAAGUUGAAAGCCAUGUUUCAGAUACAUGUGCUGACAUGUUCUUCUCACGCCCCAUCCUGCUUACUCUGUGAAACUGUACAGUCGUCCCAUCACACUAUUUCCACCACUGUUGAUGUCCCAGUCUUCUGAACCUGUCGCUAAAUGAUGUAAGCCUGCAGUUUCCAGCCAACACCUCCUCCCUCCUCCUUUGAGAAGAUCUCCCACCUGCUAAAACAAAAGCUCAGCAGCUUCUACAAACUAGCUUCACUUUCUUGAGGGUCUUAACCUCCAAUCAGUCCUAUUUUCAGAUCAUGGGAGAAUGAGGACAUUUGUUACCCCCCCCCCCCCCCCCCCCCCCAAACUAAAUUAUACCAGGCCUUGUUCAUGUGAGAAUGUAAUUACGUAUGAAUGUUGCCUCUCUUUUGACCGUUUCGCUCUCUCUUCUUUUGGCCAAAACGUUUCUCCUGAGGAACCAGUUUGUAAUAUUUAUCUGAGGAGCGAUUCGAUAAGUCAGCAAAAUAUAUUGACAAGUAUGUACAAAUAUUGAUCACGUAAAAAUUUUUACUAUGUUGAGCAGAAAUCUAUUUAAGUGAAUGUAUGGAAGGGUUAGAUGUAGUUGUUCCUUAAACUCAGUGAUGUCUUGCUGUUGGUAUGCUGGGAGGGAGAGGCGGCGAAGUUCAAAGUGCCUUGUGCAGCAGACUUCUCUCUGAAGCGGAACAGUAUGCCAGGUGUGUCUACCUGGAACCCGUUCACCUAUUAAGAAAUUAAAUGAUUAAAAUAUGCAUGCUUUUAAGGUAGAUUAUUGUACCAUUGUGAACAACAUUUUUGCUUUGAUCUCAGUAAAGAGAGGAAAAAUAUUUGAAGCCCUCACUAUCAAUGCACUUUUGUAAAUAUGAACCAAUAAAUAAUUCUUGACAUCUGAAAGAAAAGCAUAUUUUGUAAAUUAA